AUGGGCUCUUCGUGGGCACCCUGGAAGGGGCGUGUGGGAGGGCGAGGAAUGAUGGCGUUGCUGCUGGCUGGUCUCCUCCUGCCAGGGACCUUGGCUAAGAGCAUCGGGACCUUCUCAGACCCCUGCAAGGACGCACGUAUCACCUCCCCCAAUGACCCCUGUCUCAUUGGGAAGACUGGUUCCAGUAGCUUCAGUGGCCACAGUGGCUCCAGCAGCCCCAGCAGUUCCAUUUCCAGUUCCAGUGGCUCCAGCGGCAGCUCUGGUGGUGGCUCCAGUGGUUCUGGUGUCUCCAGUGGUGGCUCCAGCGGAUCCAGUGUCGCCCAGGGUGGUUCUUCAGGAUCUUCGUUAUUUAAGCCAGGAACAGGGUAUUCCAAGAUCAGCUACUCCUCAGGAUCCAGCUCCUCCCAGUCGGGAAGCAGCUCCUCUCAAUCAGGAAGCAGCAGCUCCUUCCAGUCCGGAAGCAGCGGUUCCCAACCAGGGUCUGGCUCAGCUCUACCAGUCAGUCAUGAUUCUUCCCGCUUACUAAUAAGCUCUUCCCAGUCUGGAGGAAGCUCAAGCUCAUCUGUUUCCCAAACUUCCUGGAUAUCCGGCAGUGGCGGCCAAAGGGUCAACUCUAACUUACGCCCCUGUAGUUCAGAUGUCUCCGACUCUCCCUGCAGUGGGGGGCCCAUCGUCUCACACUCAGGCUCCUACAUCUCCAGCUCCCACUCUGUGUCAGGGGGUCAAAGGCCAGUAGUGGUGGUAGUGGAACAGCAUGGCUCUGGUGGCCCUGGAUUGGCUCAAGGUUCCCCUUGUAGCAGUGGUGGCCUUCCAGGCAAGCCGUGCCCCCCUAUCACCUCUGUAGACAAAUCCUAUGGCAGCUAUGAGGUGGUGGGUGGCUCCUCUGACAGUUAUCUGGUCCCAGGCAUGACCUACAGUGGGGGCAAAAUCUAUCCUGUAGGCUACUUCACCAAAGAUAACCCUGUCAAAGGCUCUCCAGGGGUCCCCUCCUUUGCAGCUGGGCCUCCCAUCUCUGAGGGCAAAUACUUCUCCAGCAAUCCCAUCAUCCCCAGCCACAGCUCUUCUAGUUCCAACAUCUACCCAUCAGGAGCUUCCUCGGCCAUUGUGUUCCAGCCAGUGGGCUCUGGUGGGGUCCAGCCCUGUGGUGUUGGCUCCAAGGGGCCCUGCUCCCUUUCCAGUUCUGGAGUCCACAGCAGUUCUAGCAUUUCCAGUAGUUCAUCCUUCCAUCCCUGCGGCAGUGCUUCACAGGGGCCUUGCUCUCCACCAGGCACUGGCUCCUUUAGCGGCAGCUCCAGCUCCAGCUCCCAAUCCACCGGCAAAAUCAUCCUUCAGCCCUGUGGCAGCAAGUCCAGCUCUUCUGGUCACCCUUGUAUUUCUGUCUCUUCUUCAACAUUGAGUGGGGGCCCCGAUGGUUCUCCCCAACCUGAUCCUUCAGCUGGUGCCAAGCCCUGUGGCUCCAGCAGCUCUGGAAAGAUCCCCUGCAGAUCCAUCCGGGACAUCUUGGCCCAAGUGAAGCCUCUGGGGCCCCAGCUAGCUGACCCUGAAGUUUUCCUACCCCAAGGAGAGUUACUUGACAGUCCAUAA